AGAUCUAUUCAUAUGUUAGACGUCCUCAAAUUUAUUCGCAUCUGCGUCUACGGAUGCAAUGUCUGUCCACCAAAAACUGCGUGAUGCCGGCUGGCACUUGAAAGAAGGAUGGGUUACAGAAUUAUGUGGAGGAGAACAUGUUUCAAGUGUGAUUAAGAAAGCUCUGAAUUACGAUCUGAAGCAUUCUGGGGAAAAACAAUUUCAAGAUGACUGGACACGUGGUAAACAAGAAAAAUUUGAAGGAAAAUCUGUACUUCAAAUUGCCAAAAUACGGAAUAUAUCAUCUCCGAAGGAUAACGAAGAAUCUGGUGUUGCACCACCCCUCUUUAGAAUAUCACUCAGUGACGGCCAUACAACUGUUCAAGCGAUUUGUUUGACACCAAUAAAAAAUCUAAGCCUUGGAACAAUUCCUGGAAUGAAGAUGCUUUUGAAGGGACCUAUUACCGUGCGAUCUGCUAUACUUUUACUAAAUGAUCGCAACUGUCAAUUAUUGGGAGGAGAAGUGGAAACUUUAGCUGACAAUUGGCGUUUAAAAAAGGCACUAGCCUCCCAAUCUAGACAUUUUUCUUCCCAUGGUGCACCCCAAUUUGUGCCUUUUUCGCAGAGAUUACGAAAGAAUUUUCAACAACGACCAUCUCCAAAACACAACAGUAAUUUUCGUUCUCUUGAAGCAACAAAUCAAACCAGCACACCUGUUCAAGAAGAUGCUGAAUUUCAAGCAGCUAGAAAAGCUCAUAUUGCUGAUGUGGCUGCUCAGGAGUCAAAAAAGAAAUUUUCGGGAAAAAAGGUCGAUCCAGCUAGUGUCGAAAAAGUUGGUGCUUCAUUAGAUAAAGUCUCGCUAAACGUAAAGAAAAAGACUGCGCUUCAACAACAUGAAAAGAACGAGAGAAAAUUUACUGGACGUAGUCGAAGAGAAAAGAGGGAAGACGACGAAACCAUGCAUCAUUACUCAAGACCAAAAAAUGCAGCUGCUACUUUAUUCGAUUUCCUUCCAGAUGAUAAAAAGCCUAAGAGUGUCUCGAACGAUAGUCAACAAUAUAAAUCAUAUGAGCCAUCUGAACGUUAUGAGAGAAAUCAAGACAAAGGGGGUGGUAGAUAUGGUAGACAAAAGAAGAAUUUCGUAAAAACAGCUCAUUUCACUCCAAGAAGUGGAGGAUUUAAUGCCGCAGCAAGUGAUUCAAACUACAACGCCUCUUUUCCAAAUUUACAUAACAUGAAAGAACAUGCUCCUCCUGUUCAAAAACAAACACCAGCUAAUGACCAAGAUUUCGGCCAUUGGGAUGCUGAUCCAUUUAAUCCUGGAUCCCGGAAUCCAGGUAGGAGAAGAAACGAUCAAAACGGAAAGAGAGGACGAAGGAAUCCUCGUCAAGGAAUACCCAGUAUUGGCGAAAAUUGCUUAGCAAAGUAUUGGGAAGACAACCAGUUUUACAAUGCAAAAAUUGAGGCUGUUGGAGAAAAUACCUGCGUGGUCAAGUUUCUUGAAUAUGGAAAUAGCGAAGAAGUUUAUUUGUCAGAUAUAAAACUGUCGAACAAAUAA